AUGGGUAGAAUAAUCAGAGCUCAAAGAAAAGGUAAAGCCGGUUCAGUUUUCGGUGCACACACUCACCACCGUAAAGGUACCCCACGUUUCCGUGCCUUAGAUUAUGCCGAACGUCAAGGUUACGUUAAAGGUGUUGUCAAGGAGAUCAUCCACGAUCCAGGUAGAGGUGCUCCAUUAGCCCGUGUUGUUUUCAAAGGCUUAACCCAAUUCAAAUUAGACAAACAAUUAUUCAUCGCCCCAGAAGGUAUGCACACUGGUCAAUUUGUUUUCGCUGGUAAAAAAGCCACCCUCACCAUUGGUAACAUCCUCCCAAUUGGUAAACUCCCAGAAGGUACCAUCAUUUGCAACGUUGAAGAAAAACUCGGUGAUUGUGGUGCUGUUGCUCGUUGUUCAGGUAACUAUGCUACCAUCGUCUCACACAACCCAGAUGAAGGUGUUACCCGUAUCAAAUUACCAUCAGGUUCAAAGAAGAACGUUUCUUCAUUAGCUCGUGCUAUGAUCGGUAUUGUUGCCGGUGGUGGUCGUAUCGAUAAACCAAUGCUCAAAGCUGGUCGUGCUUUCCACAAAUACAGAGUUAAGAAGAAUAACUGGCCAAAGGUUAGAGGUGUUGCUAUGAAUCCAGUAGAACAUCCACACGGUGGUGGUAAUCAUCAACAUGUUGGUCAUGCCACUACAACCAAGAGAGACGAUCCAGCUGGUAAGAAAGUUGGUUUAAUUGCUGCCCGUCGUACUGGUCGUUUAAGAGGAACUAAAAACAUUUCAGAAUAA